AGUCAUCCGAAUAGUUUAUAAACAAACAACAGAUAUCACAUUUACAAACUAUUUAUUUGAGUAAAGAUGAAAUUAGUUGAGUGUUUUGUGCCAUUUUUGGUGCUGCUUCUAGUCAGCAGCUCGCAAGCAGGUAUUUUGCGAGAUCUUGCACAAAAGCAUAUCAACCGAGUGGGUUCAGUUCUAGAUCCUCUGGGUCUAUUUGGCGGGAAAAAUGAUGCAGGCGCUACAGCAGAAGCUAACAGCCAAUCUGUGACAAAUAAUUUAAAUCUUGGUCCCCUGAGCUUUUCUUCGGCUGUAAGUUCAGCUUCUGCAAAAGCAAAUGCUGGUCCUGGAGGCUCUGCUGUGGCAAAUGCUGAUGCCAAUGCCAAAGCUACUGGUUAUGGAAAUGCUCAGGCUACGGCAAAUGCCAAUGCCAAUUCUAAUGCCAAUGGUAUUGGAGGCAUAAAUUAUGGCAACGGUGGAUACAAUGGAAAUAGUGUCCCUUAUAAUGGAAAUGCAUACAAUGGAAAUAGUGACGACGGUUCUUACAAGGGAAACUCUGGAUACACUGGAAAUAAUGGCUUCUAUGAUGGAAAUGGCUACAACAGUGCCAAUGCAAACUCAAAUGCAUUUGCUGAUAACAUGGGACACAGUAACACCAAUACCGGUACUUUUACUCAGGGAAAUGCCAACGCCGGAGCUGGAGCCAAUGCUCAAGGAUCUGGACACUAUGGAGGAUCUAAUGAAAUACGUGGUAAUAAUGAAAGAUAUAUUAAUGCGCAAAAUACUAACAAUCCAAUUAAUAAUUAUGGUGGCCAGCAAAGGGGAUCAAGUAAUUCUGCAGAUGAUAAUUAUAAUAUGUAUUUAGUACCUCAACCAAAUUCUAAUAAUCAAUUUAACUCAGGUGUUAAUUCUAAUGCUAAUAAUCCAAUUAAUAAUUAUGGAAGGCAACAAAGAGGAUCUAGCAAUUCUGGAUCAUCAGCAACAGCAAACGCUGCUGCUGAUGCUAAUGCUAACACGUAUUCUGUACUUCGACCGAUUCCUAAUAAUCAAUUUCAACCGGCCGUAAAUUCUAAUACAAAUUUAAACACUAACAAUCCAAUGAAUAAUUAUGGAGAGCAACAAAGAGGAUCUAGUAAUUCUGGAUCAUCAGCAACAGCGAAUGCUGCUGCAGAUGCCAAUGCUAAUACGUAUUCUGUACUUCGACCAAAUUCUAAUAAUCAAUUUCAACCGGCCGUAAAUUCUAAUACAAAUCUAAACACUAACAAUCUAAUGAAUAAUUAUGGAGGGCAACAAAGAGGAUCUAGUAAUUCUGGAUCAUCAGCAACAGCGAACGCUGCUGCAGAUGCCAAUGCUAACACGUAUUCUGUACUUCGACCAAAUUCUAAUAAUCAAUUUCAACCGGCCGUAAAUUCUAAUACAAAUCUAAACACUAACAAUCCAAUGAAUAAUUAUGGAGGGCAACAAAGAGGAUCUAGUAAUUCUGGAUCAUCAGCAACAGCAAACGCUGCUGCAGAUGCUAAUGCUAAUACGUAUUCCGUACUUCGACCAAAUUCUAAUAACCAAUUUCAAUCGGGUGUAAAUUCUAAUACUAAUAAUCCAAAUAAUUAUGGUGGCCAACAGAGGGGAUCAACUAAUUCUGGAUCAUCAGCAACAGCGAACGCUGCUGCAGAUGCUAAUGCUAGCACGUAUUCUGUACCUCGACCAAAUUCUAAUAACCAAUUUCAACCGGCCGUAAAUUCUAAUACUAAUAAUCCAAAUAAUUAUGGUGGCCAACAGAGGGGAUCAACUAAUUCUGGAUCAUCAGCAACAUCCAAUGCUGCUGCUGAUGCUAAUUCUAAUACGUAUUCUAUACUUCGACCAGUUUCCAAUAAUCAACUUAACUCAGGUGUUAAUUCUAAUCCAAUCACUAAUAAUAAUAGAAACGUAAUAAGAAUAGUGGGACCAACUAGUCAAUUAACUCCAACGAAUUCUGGUAGACAGAGAGUCACAAUAACCUUCGUUGAAGAAAACCCAACAAAACCGGGAUGUUCUCGGUGUGAAUCUAACGCCCAAGCGGCUGCGCUGGCUGAUUCUUUCUCUACGGGAUCAGUCCAGCCUUCAAAUAACCGCCCGUCUUAUGGACAAAGUGGUCUUAUUAAAAUAGUGCCAAGUGACGGCUCGCGCGUAACAUCUCAAUCUUACGGGUCAGCUAACACAGUACUAAUACCCAUCAUGCUGACGGAUUCCUCAAACUUGCCACCAGAACGCCCUCGUCAUCCUCAUAAGCAUAACCACCGUCAUCCUCCCCCCCAGCCUGAUUUCGAUUCUUACCUACCGCAAGGUGAGCAAAGAGAUAUAAUCGUCUACGGGAAGCCAGUAGCAGAUGAGGCUCCAGCCAAGAAUAACUACAACAGCGGAGCCUACGACGGCCAGUCAUUAAAUCCUGGAACUUAUGGUGCUCCUAAAUAUACCAGUAAUCCUUUCAUUGGUGGUGCUGGUGCUAAUGCUGGUGCCAGUGCUAAUGCUAAUGCUAAUGCUCAAGCCGGAUCAAACGCAGGAACUUAUGGAAGCAAACCGACAAAAGGCACUUACGGUGGUCAAGCCUAUAAUCAAGGACAAGUCGGUUCAGUAAAUCCCGGCUAUUAUGGAAACAGUGGAGCUGGUAACAGUGACUAUGGAAAAGGUAACAGUGGUUACUAUACAGGGAAUCAAGGGCCAGCGUAUGGAGGUUCUGGUGGAAAUUCUCAAGCAAACGCUGGAGCUUCUGCUACUGCUGCUGCUAACUCUAAUGCUAAUGCUGGAUCUAGACCAACGGCAGUUGGUUCUGGUAAUCCAUUCUUGAACCAGCCGUCCCAGGGUCCAACUUAUGGUAGCUCUGCUACUGGAAACAAUUACGGUAACUCAGGAACAUAUGCACCAGGUCCCAGUUACGGAAGUCCUGGUACCUAUGGUGGAUCUACUGGUGGCCAAGCUGCAGCUAAUGCUGAUGCCUCUGCAGCAGCUAAUGCUAACUCUAAUGCUGGUUCAACCAAUCCGUUCUUGACUCAACCAUCGUACGGUGGAUCGACGGGAAAUAAUUAUGGUAACUCGGGUACCUAUGGAGGAUCAUCAGGUUCUAAUUAUGAUAAUUCUGGGCAUUAUGGAAGUUCAUCUCCCAGUUAUGGAGCACUGACUGGUACUGGUCAAGCUACAGCAACUGCAGACGCUUCCGCAACAGCGAAUGCUAAUGCUGGAUCAGGAAAUUCUAAUACUGGUGCAGGAGCUCCAUUUAUACCUCAACCAUCUCAACCCACGAACUAUGGACAGCCUACAGGAAACAAUUACGGAAAUUCUGGUACCUACGGAGGGUCAUCAGCUCCCACUUAUGACAACUCUGGUAUUUAUGGAGGAUCAUCAGGUAGCGGAGCCCAAGCUGCAGCAGACGCAUCAGCCUCAGCAAAUGCCAACGCUGGUUCAGGAAGUUCCAAUACCGGGGCAGGAAAUCCCUUUUUGACUCAAGCAUCGCAGCCUACAAAUUAUGGAGACUUUAGUGGAACUAAUUACGGAGACUCUGGUACUUAUGGAGGAACUUCAGCUCCCACUUAUGACUACUCUGGUACUUAUGGAGGGUCAUCAGCUCCCACUUACGACAACUCUGGUACUUACGGAGGAUCUUCAGGUAGCGCAGCCCAAGCUGCAGCAGACGCAUCAGCCUCAGCAAAUGCCAACGCUGGUUCAGGAAGUCCCAAUACCGGCGCAGGAAAUCCCUUCUUAACUCAACCAUCUCAAUCAACAAACUACAAUUCUGGUAAUGUUGGACCCAGUUAUGGAGACUCUGGUUCUUACGGAGAUGCCAAUGCCAAAGCUGAUGCUUCUGCUUCUGCUUCCGCAAACGCAAAUGGUAGCGGCCAACCUGAUAAAAACUAUUACAACGUCGCUGCACCUCAAGAUGGAGGAUACCAAACUGAAAACAGUGGGUACGACAACAGUGGUUACGCCAACGUAAAAGGCGACUCGGGAUAUUAUGGCGGCUUCAACAACAACCAGCUUCCGACUGUAAACGACGGGUCUGAUGCCUCUGCCAACGCAAACGCCAACGCAGUUGCAACUGCCAAUGCCGGUAGCCAAGGAGCCGUUGAUUCCUACGGCAAUCAAGCAGGUAUUCCGUACAACUCUGGAGCUGUAAAUGCUGAUCCCAGUGCCAACGCUGUUGCCAAUGCCGCAGCUGUCGCCAAUGCCAAUGCAAAUGCAAACGCCAAUGCCGUAGCCAAUGCCAAUGCCAAUUCCGGCGCCAAAAGCCCAUCAGGAGGCUACGGAAACUACAAUACACCAACUGGAACUGGAUACGGUAAAAAUAGUCCCACUUCCAGUGCCAACGCCAACGCCAAUGCAAGUGCGACUGCAAAUGCAAAUGCCAACGCAAGUGCGACUGCUAAUUCCAAUGCCGGAGCAUACGGAAACGCAAAAGCAACAGCCAAUGCCCAAGCAAGUGCAGUCGCUGGUCCAGGGUUUGGAUCCAAAAGCUCAGCCAUCGCUGACGCCAGAGCCGCCGUCGACACUUCAAAAAUGCUUAUCUUCACGGACUAAUCUUAAUUAAAUAACUAUCAUAUCAUAAGACUAUAAUUAAAUGUAUGAAAUGUUUUCCAGAAUUUAGAAUCCAGAAUCCAGAGUCUAGACUUUAGAUUCCUGAUUCUAAAUUUUAGAUUCUAGAUUGAAGAGCGAAUGUUUAGUGUAGAAAGUUGUUCCAUGACAAUUUAAAAUUUUUUUUUGUAAAUCAAAUACUUAGAGAUAAUUUUAUCACUUUCAUGUUUUAUUUAAGACACAAAGAACUCACAGCGUCAUUCAAAUAAUGAUGGUGUUAAAAUCUUGUAAAACCUGUUUUGACGAGAAUAAACGCCGUGUCAGGGCUUAAAGCCGAUACCUCGAUCAUAAAUACUCGUACAUAUAUGUAUAGAUACAUUUAAAUAUUAUUUUUAUUUUAUAUAUAUUAAUAUACCAGUACGUAUUAAUAUAAGUAAUCGUUAUUUUUCAGUGCCCUUCGGAAAUCCCAAGACUCAUUCCGAUUUUGUCUUGUAAUAAUAAUUAUUAUGCAAUGUUUUUAUAUUUUUAGAGUAUUACGACGUGAUUUUUAUUUUAUUUAUAAAUAAUUAUUGCAUUUUUAUUAUUACUAGUUACUUGUUAGUAUUUUUGUGAUGUUUUUGAUAAAUAUAA